AUUUAUCGAACAGCAACAAGGGCAAGCCAAAUUUUGCACUAGCACCUACCGCCCCAAAACCCUAGAAAAUAUAAAUCCAGAAAUACCCCUCCCCGUCCCCCUCUUCGUAAUGGUCACUUUUUAGAUAAAUUCUCUCCCAAAAGCGUAGCACCACUCGCUCAAUGCCAAAACCAUUGCCGAAGCACUCUCAGAUUCCAUUCUUUUCCUCGCCAGAGCUCCAAUCGUUUGCACUUUAUGCUUCCUAGAAAGAGAGCUGUUGGAGGAGAGGUUGUAGAAGAAGACGCGAGUGGCGGAGAGAGCUUGCUCAAGAAGCAUCGGAUCGGUUGCGUGAUCUCAUCAUCGGUCGACAAAACAAGCACCACCGCGGCGACAGCGGAAGACGGCGAAAAGAGCUGCGACGUGAACAAAAGCGGGGAAAGCGUCAUCGGGAACAGCAACAGCAGUAAUCAGAGCAGCGGCAGCAGUGGUCUGGCUGACAUGGCUUUUGGAAAUGGGAACCCGACGGACAUCGACGAGGAUCUGCACAGCCGACAGCUUGCUGUGUACGGGCGCGAGACUAUGCGGCGGCUCUUUGCCUCUAACAUCCUUAUCUCUGGGAUGCAAGGUCUUGGUGCCGAAAUUGCAAAGAACUUGGUACUUGCUGGCGUCAAGUCUGUCACAUUGCAUGAUCAGGGGGUAGUGGAGUUGUGGGAUUUGUCUAGCAAUUUCAUUUUUUCAGAGAAUGAUGUCGGUAAGAACAGGGCACUUGCUUCUGUUCAAAAGUUACAGGAGCUUAACAAUGCUGUGGUCAUUUCUACCUUAACCACAGAAUUGACUAAAGAACAACUCUCUGAUUUCCAGGCUGUGGUAUUUACUGACAUAAGCCUGGAGAAAGCCAUUGAGUUAAAUGACUAUUGCCAUAGUCACAAGCCUCCUAUUGCAUUCAUCAGGGCUGAAGUUAGAGGGCUUUUUGGAGGUGUUUUUUGUGACUUUGGACCUGAGUUCACAGUGCAGGAUGUUGAUGGUGAGGAACCACACACGGGUAUUAUUGCAUCCAUCAGUAAUGAUAACCCUGCACAUGUGUCGUGUGUUGAUGAUGAAAGGCUUGAGUUCCAGGGUGGGGAUCUUGUUGUGUUCUCAGAGGUCAAAGGAAUGGCAGAGCUUAAUGAUGGAAAGCCAAGAAGGAUCAAAAGUGCUAGGCCUUACUCAUUCACUCUUGAUGAGGACACCACUAAUUUUGGUACUUAUGAGAAAGGUGGCAUUGUCACUCAGGUUAAACAGCCCAAGGUCUUGAACUUCAAGCCAUUGAGAGAAGCACUCAAGGAACCUGGGGAUUUUCUUUUGAGUGAUUUCUCCAAGUUUGACCGUCCACCUCUAUUGCACUUGGCAUUUCAAGCACUGGACAAGUUUAUUUCUGAACUGGGACGCUUCCCCGUUGCUGGCUCAGAAGAGGAUGCUCAGAAGCUGAUAUCUAUAGCCAGUGCCAUCAAUGAGAGCUCAGGAGAUGGGAAAGUGGAAGAUAUUAACCCAAAACUUUUGCGGCACUUUGCAUUUGGUGCCAGAGCAGUUUUGAAUCCUAUGGCUGCCAUGUUUGGUGGUAUAGUUGGGCAGGAAGUUAUGAAGGCGUGCUCUGGAAAGUUUCAUCCUCUUUUCCAGUUCUUUUACUUUGACUCGGUUGAAUCACUUCCCACAGAGCCCCUAGAACCCAAUGAGUUCAGACCAUUGAAUAGCCGUUAUGAUGCACAAAUUUCAGUUUUUGGGUCAAAACUCCAGAAGAAACUGGAGGAUGCACGUCUGUUUGUUGUAGGAUCUGGUGCACUAGGCUGUGAGUUUCUGAAGAAUUUAGCUCUGAUGGGAGUUUCAUGCAGCAGUGAAGCAAAGCUAACAAUCACUGAUGACGAUGUCAUUGAGAAAAGUAAUCUCAGUAGGCAGUUCCUUUUUCGUGAUUGGAACAUUGGGCAGGCAAAAUCCACCGUUGCUGCAUCUGCUGCUGUAGCAAUAAAUCCUCAUCUACAUAUAGAAGCCUUGCAGAACCGUGUGGGCCCUGAGACUGAGAAUGUUUUUGAUGAUGCCUUCUGGGAGAAUUUAAAUGUUGUAAUUAAUGCCCUUGACAAUGUAAAUGCCAGGCUCUAUGUUGAUCAGAGAUGCUUAUACUUCCAGAAACCACUUCUUGAAUCAGGAACCCUAGGUGCAAAGUGUAACACUCAAAUGGUCAUUCCUCACCUGACUGAAAACUAUGGUGCCUCAAGAGACCCACCAGAGAAACAGGCUCCCAUGUGCACUGUUCACUCCUUCCCUCACAACAUUGACCAUUGCUUGACGUGGGCUCGAUCGGAGUUUGAGGGCUUACUUGAAAAAACACCAGCUGAAGUGAAUGCUUUUCUCUCAGACCCAAGCGAGUAUGCAGCUGCAAUGAGGAAUGCUGGUGAUGCUCAGGCCAGGGAUACUCUGGAACGAGUUCUUGAGUGCCUCGACGGAGAGAGAUGCAAAACAUUCCAAGACUGCAUUACUUGGGCUCGUUUAAAGUUUGAGGAUUAUUAUGCCAACCGUUUGAAGCAGUUGAUCUUCACUUUCCCUGAAGAUGCUGCAACCAGUACUGGGGCUCCCUUUUGGUCUGCCCCUAAGCGCUUCCCACAUCCGCUGGAAUUCUCAUCAGAUGAUCUCAGCCACCUCCAUUUCAUUAUGGCAGCAUCCAUACUACGGGCAGAAGCUUUUGGCAUCCCAAUUCCUGACUGGGCCAAGAACCCUAGGAAGCUCGCUGAAGCUGUUGAUCAAGUGAUGGUCCCUGAAUUUCAACCAAAGAAGGGCGUGAAAAUUGUGACUGAUGAGAAGGCUACCAGUCUUUCAACUGCAUCUAUAGAUGAUGCAGCAGUCAUUAAUGAAUUAAUCAUGAAGCUGGAACAGUGCUGGAAGAAUCUUCCUCCUGGGUUCAGAUUGAAACCAAUUCAGUUUGAGAAGGAUGAUGACACCAACUUCCAUAUGGACCUGAUAGCUGGGCUUGCUAACAUGAGGGCAAGGAAUUACAGCAUUCCAGAAGUUGAUAAGCUGAAAGCCAAAUUCAUUGCUGGAAGGAUCAUCCCUGCGAUUGCAACUUCCACGGCAAUGGCAACGGGUCUUGUUUGCUUGGAGCUCUACAAGGUUCUAGACGGAGGACAUAAGGUGGAAGGCUAUCGGAACACGUUUGCAAACCUGGCGCUCCCUCUAUUCUCCAUGGCUGAACCAGUCCCGCCUAAAGUUGUGAAACACAGGGACAUGAGCUGGACUGUCUGGGACAGGUGGAUUGUCAAGGACAACCCAACUUUGAGGGAACUUCUGAAAUGGCUAGAGGACAAGGGGCUGAAUGCUUACAGCAUCUCAUGCGGAAGCUGCCUGCUGUACAACAGCAUGUUCCCUCGGCACAAAGACCGGAUGGACAAGAAGGUGGUGGAUUUGGCUAGAGAAGUGGCCAAGGUGGAACUGCCCCCGUAUCGCCACCACUUGGAUGUAGUGGUGGCGUGCGAGGAUGAUGAAGAUAACGAUAUCGACAUCCCUCAGAUAUCCAUCUACUUCCGUUAACCAAUUCUUGGAUAUGUUAGUUUUCAAGUGCAUCAUUAUUAGCUAAAGAAUGUUUAGAACAAGCAUCACAUGUGAUAAGAGAGUCUCGAAUUCAUGUUUCAGUGGAUGAUAUACCCCUACAGUAUGGAUGGACGUCUUUUACUAAAACCUAGCUCAACAUUACAUACAUAAUCUGAGAGUUACACUAGAUACCGGAAGUUUGUUCUGGAUUCGUUUACUUGUUUAGAUAUCAAUCAAGCUUGUGUGUUUACUGUGCUUU